GCGGCGGCGGCGCCCGCGCCGCGGCCUUGGCGCAGAGACCUGCGCUCAGCCGGCAGUACCCAUGGUGCUUCUCGGCAGAGCCAUGGCCUCUUUCCGCUUGGCCCUCAUCCAGCUUCAGGUGUCUUCCAUCAAGUCAGAGAACCUCACUCGAGCCUGUGGCCUCAUCCGGGAGGCAUCGAAGCAAGGAGCCCAGAUAGUCUCCCUGCCUGAAUGCUUUAAUUCUCCAUAUGGCACAAAAUAUUUUCCUGAAUAUGCAGAGAAAAUUCCUGGUGACUCCACACAGAAGCUUUCUGAAGUGGCAAAGGAGUGCAGCAUGUAUGUCAUUGGAGGGUCCAUUCCUGAAGAGGAUGCUGGGAGAUUGUAUAACACCUGUGCCGUGUUCGGGCCUGACGGAGCUCUGCUGGCGAGACACAGGAAGCUCCAUCUGUUUGACAUCGAUGUUCCUGGGAAGAUCACGUUUCAAGAAUCGGAAACCUUGAGUCCUGGUGACAGUUUCUCUGUCUUUGACACUCCUUACUGCAGGGUGGGCCUGGGCAUCUGCUAUGACAUCCGCUUCGCAGAGCUGGCGCAGAUCUACGCACAGAGAGGCUGCCAGCUGCUGGUGUAUCCUGGAGCUUUUAAUCUGACCACCGGGCCAGCCCACUGGGAGUUGCUUCAGCGAGGCCGGGCUGUUGAUAACCAGGUGUACGUGGCCACGGCAUCUCCUGCCCGGGACGAGAAAGCCUCUUACGUUGCCUGGGGGCACAGCACGGUGGUGAGUCCGUGGGGGGAGGUCCUCGCCAAAGCUGGCACUGAAGAAACGAUCGUGUAUGCAGAUAUAGACCUGAAGAAGUUGGCUGAAAUACGCCAGCAAAUCCCCAUUUUUAGCCAGAAGCGAUCAGACCUCUAUGCAGUGGAGGCCAAAAAAUCCUGAUGUUUCCAACAUGUCAUGAAACAGGAAGAUAUGUUUCUUCAUGAUAAUCAACAAUCUUAUGAAUUCUUUAAUGGAAUUUUUUUUUUUUUUUUUUCAAAUAAUUUCAGCCUUUUCCCUUCCUGGAAAGGGAAGUUCUGUUGGGAUGCUGGAGCUGAUGCUGGUAUUCUCCCCACCGUAUAAAACCGUCAAAAAGGACUCAGGCUGGCUUUGGAGAGCAGGAGGAGGAGUGGGGGGCGGCUCUAAAUCCUCCAUAUUCAAGUUGUCUCAAGCAGUUAUUAAAAUAUCAGAUCCUGGUAUCCUUGAUGGUUGAUCCACCUGAUACAAGUGUAUUUGUGUGGUGAACCUCUUAUCUGAUUGCUGGAGUUGGAAUACAUUAUGCAGAAACCGUG